AUGGAUGGGACUGCCCCCGCCCAGUCGCACAUCCUCGGGCACCCCUCGACCCCUCGAGCCCCCCGCUCGCCUCCUCCGCGGCCCCUCGCCCCGCCCAUCGGCCGCAGCCGCCACUGCGCCGGCUCCCGGACCGACCCAGGCCAGGGCAUCGCCCUCAGCCAGCGCGACCCCCACGGCGCCCUAGGACACCCGCGGCCGCCUCGCCUCGGGAACCAGGUUCGGACGCCCAGCCCCGCCUUCGCCGUGCACAUUGGCAGCCGCCGCCGGGCCUGCCACGCCCAUUGGCUCACGCAAACGUCCGUCCUGGGCGCUAACACCGCCCCCUUCCUGCUUGGUUUGUGUAGCCGCAUCCUGAGCAUGGUGAAUGCAGAUGACGUCAAUGCCAUCAUCCUGGCCCAGAAGAAUAUCCGCCUUCAGCAGAUGAGUGAGCGCUUCCUACACCACACGAGAACUCUGGUAGAGAUGAAACGGGAUUUGGACAGCAUCUUCCGCCGAAUCAGGACACUGAAAGGGAAACUGGCCAGGCAACACCCGGAGGCCUUCAGCCACAUCCCAGAGGCAUCCCUCCUGGAGGAUGAGGAUGAAGACCCCAUCCUGCCCAGCACCACAACUACCAUUGCCACCUCGGAACAGAGCACGGGCUCCUGUGAUACCAGUCCUGACACUGUCUCACCCUCCCUCAGCCCUGGCUUUGAGGACCUCUCCCAUGUUCGGCCCAGUUCCCCUGCUGUCAAUGGCCGCAGCCAGACAGAUGAUGAGGAAAUGCUGGGCGAGUAGCCUUGCUGUCUGGUGCCUCAGGUGGUCUCAGAACAGUGGCAGCUCUCCGAAGGUGUCUGAGUGGCCUCAUGAUCAUCAGCUUUGCCACCCUGUUCUGUCAUUUAGGGCUCUGAGGAGGACAGGGCUUCCUCCCAAGGAGUGUAGAAUUCCUGAAGGUCUUUAAUUCCUGCUCCUUCCUCCCUGCUGCAGACCCCUCUGCUAUGCCAGGGCAUGCCCAUCCCAGCUGGGCACAAGGGAACUUUUCCAGAGCUGGGCCUGAGUUCUGUUCUAAAUAAUAAUACAGAGGUUCCCAGAGACGAGAGCCACACGUCUUCUACCUUCUGGUCAGGACCU